AUACUGCAUCAUACCGCACCGGCAGUGGCGGAGAAAAGAGAUGAGCCAGCCGGGGCCGGGAGCCAUCGCCGCCUCAUGCCUCCCGACUCCGUGACGGCCCGCAGCCACAGGCCACCGGAUAACGCACACAGCGGAACCAUCCAAAAACGCGGGAGCUUUCCCCCGUCAAAGCCCCCACCCUAAUCCCCCGUCUCGCGCGCCAAUCAACCAGCACCGGGAGCAGGAGCAAGAGCAACUCACCCUCCCCUCCGGCUUCCGCGGAACUAGGAGCUGCCAUGCAGCCCGACGCCAACGCUCCCUCGCACCGCCUCGCCCGCGUCGCCGCGCACCUAAACCCCCAGCGGCCGCAGAUGGAGGAAGGCGCGUCCGCACUGAGGCUCGUGGUGUGCCGCGCCAAGGGCGGCGCGCCGGGGUUCAAGGUCGCGAUCCUGGGCGCCGCGGGCGGGAUCGGACAGCCGCUGUCACUGCUCAUGAAGAUGAAUCCUCUCGUGUCCGUGCUGCACCUCUACGAUGUCGUCAACACGCCCGGGGUCACGGCCGAUGUCAGCCACAUGGACACCAGCGCUGUGGUCCGCGGCUUCCUUGGGGCACAGCAGCUUGAUGCCGCACUUACAGGAAUGGACCUUGUAAUCAUACCCGCUGGACUCCCUAGGAAACCAGGAAUGACAAGAGAUGAUUUAUUCAACAAAAAUGCUGGGAUUGUUCGUACACUAUGUGAAGGCGUUGCAAGAUGCUGUCCUAAUGCAAUUGUGAAUCUGAUCAGCAACCCAGUGAACUCAACUGUCCCCAUUGCUGCUGAGGUUUUCAAGAAAGCUGGAACUUAUGAUCCCAAGCGGCUUCUUGGAGUGACAACACUCGAUGUUGCGAGGGCUAACACCUUUGUGGCCGAAGUGCUUGGAGUUGAUCCAAGAGAUGUCAGUGUUCCUGUUGUUGGAGGGCAUGCUGGGAUAACUAUAUUGCCCCUCCUCUCCCAGGUUACACCUCCGAGCUCAUUCACUCAGGAUGAAACCAGAUAUUUGACAGACCGCAUACAGAAUGGUGGCACAGAAGUUGUGGAGGCAAAGGCUGGAUCAGGCUCCGCGACUCUGUCAAUGGCUUUUGCUGCUUCUAAAUUCGCUGACGCAUGCUUGCGAGCUAUGCGGGGCGAAGCUGGAAUCGUGGAAUGCUCAUAUGUUGCAUCCGAGGUGACAGAACUGCCGUUCUUUGCAACGAAAGUGAGGCUUGGCCGUGGUGGAGCCGAGGAGAUCCUCCCGCUUGGCCCUUUGAAUGAUUUCGAGAGAGCUGGUCUGGAAGCGGCAAAGAAGGAACUGGGCGAGAGCAUUCAGAAGGGCAUCGCUUUCAUGAGCAAGUGAAAGCGGAGCGGUACGGAGGGAUCGUCCCUGAGUCAGAUCCGGACCAUACGUAGUAACGUAGAUGUAGGGUGUUGUGAUAUAGUGCUCCUACCUAUACUUGUAAGGCCACGGUAAAAAGAAGGCUAAUUACCCUUUAGCAACUGUGACCAUCUACUUGGCAUAAUGGCAUGGAAUAAAUCUUUCGUCUUCGGUGGCGGA